AAAUGAAAAUGAAAGAAAAAUAUUCAAAAAUCGUUGGAUUUGAAUUUGAAUUAGAGUGGAAGAUUAAUAAAAAUAUUUUCCAAAAUGUAUAGAAAAAAAAAUAUAUAUAUCAUGCCGCACAGUAAUCUUUGUUUUCGUUCACAUAAAAACAAUGUGGCGGUGGCUAGGCUCCUCAUACAGUCAUACAGGAUAGAUGCAGCCAACUGUUCUGGGAGUCAUUCGGAGGCUUAGAGGGGUUAGGGUUUCGUUUGCAAGAACGGAUCAUGUCGUCGUCGAGGAAGAUCACUCUGAAGAGCUCCGACGGCGAGGCUUUCGACGUCGAUGAAGCCGUAGCAUUGGAAUCGCAGACGAUCAAGCACAUGAUCGAGGACGACUGCGCGGACAACGGCAUUCCGUUGCCGAACGUCACCAGCAAGAUCUUGUCGAAGGUGAUCGAAUACUGCAAAAAGCACGUGGAAGCGCCGAAGCCCGAGGAGCGUAGUGGCGUCGAUGAGGAACUCAAGGCUUGGGAUGCUGAUUUUGUUAAAGUUGAUCAGGCCACCCUAUUUGAUCUCAUUCUGGCAGCAAACUAUCUGAACAUCAAGAGUCUCCUGGAUCUUACUUGUCAGACUGUGGCUGACAUGAUAAAGGGCAAGACUCCAGAGGAGAUUCGCAAAACUUUCAAUAUCAAAAAUGAUUUUACACCGGAGGAAGAGGAGGAGGUGCGGCGGGAGAACCAGUGGGCCUUUGAGUGAAGGGUCAAAAUAAACAAAGCGUUUAUGUGGUAAUUUAGUUCUGUGGUGGGGAACCAGGGGUGGUUGUUUCCUCCUGUAGUUGAACCUCUAAACUUUAUAGUUUAUGCUCUGCUUGUAGUGUCUAGGAGUUAUGUUUCUUUGUGAACGAUUACUUGAACUGUAACGUUUCCAUGAAUCUCUUAUGUUCAUAGCCUAAAUGUGGUUUCUUUUUCAUGUAA